AUGUCGCAGCACUCUAGGAGGUGGAUAGCCAAGCCUGGGGAAGAAGAAGGAGCACCUCCGUCUGCAGGACCAGCGCAGGGCAAUGGAGGCGGCCGCGGCCGCGGGCGUGGCGGCAAAUUGAAGGCAAGACCAGACGACCGGAAGGCACCACCGCUGGCGGAGCGCCUGUGGGCACGAACGGUGCUGGAGGAGGCGGUGGUGGUGGUGGACGCGGCAAUAGAGGCGGCGCUCGUGAUGUACAGAGGAAGGAGAACGCUGUUGCCGCCCGAGCUGCCGGUGAGCCCUCUGCUGGCGCUGGCCCGAACGCGGCAAGCACAAAGGCCGAACGCGGCGGUGCUCGCGGCGGUGGCGACCGGCAAAGGAGUGCCAACCCGUGGCGCUGCCAAGACGGACGUGGAGUACGAGCUGGACAAGAAGAAGCGCGAAGAGGACAGAUCUCGUCGCCGCAAGGAACGCGACGGGCGAAAGAAAGUCGAGGAGCCGCCCAAGACCGAGGAGCAGCUGCGCGAAGAGCUCGAGCGAAAGCGCAGAGAAGAGGAGGAGCGGAAGAAGCGCGAAGAGGAGGAACAGGAAAGGCGGCGCAAGGAGGACGAGGAGCGGCGGCAGCGUGAGGAGGAAGAGCGCAAGAAGCGGGAAGAAGAGGAGCGACUGAAGCGAGAGGAGGAGGAGAGGAAACGGGCCGAGGAGGCCCGAAAGGUGCGUGAGGCAAAGAUCGCCCUACGCGAGUCGAACAUUCACCCCAAGCCAGACUCCAACCUGCGUGGCGACUCAAGCGUGAAGCGGAAUGCCACGUUCGUGCGAAAGCUGGCCAAGAUUACCGAGGACCAGAAGGACAAGCUGGCGGCCGAGAUCAGCACGCUCAACACCAGCAAGUUCAUUCCCGAGGCCGUCAACGUCAUCGCGCAGGAGCUCACCGUCACGCUCAAGCCCACCGACAUCAGCGCCUCCGUGCACGUGUGCUCGCUGAUGCACCAGCGCUAUGGCGACUUUGCCAGGCAUCUGGUGCCGGCGCUGGUCAAGUCCUACGACUUACCGGGCAAAACCGAGGUCGACACCGUGCGCAAGAAGCGCGUCGUGCUCAGGCUACUGUGCGAACUCUACCUCGCCGGCGUUUACACCGACAUCACCGUGCUCAUCUCGAUCGUCAGGGACCUCGUCAAUACCAACGGCGCAGAGUUCAAAGGCGACCGGGAGCACUUCGUGAACACCUUUCAGAACCAUCUCAUGCUCGUGGUGAGCUUCACCAGGGUCAUCGGCGACGAGGUACUCGGCAUCGUUCCGGAGAAGCAUCAGUUCGUCCAGGCCGAGCCCCUGCCUCCCUUGGACGACACAGCCACGCCGGAACAGAAGGAUCGCCUUACCGUGAUGGUGAAGAACUUUUACAAGGCCUCCGGCGAGCUUUUGGUCGAAGAGCACAAGAGCCUGCGUGCGAAGGAGAGGGAGAACAACAAGGUGCUGCAGACGAGGGGCGAGCUCAGCGAAACCGACAAAGCGAUCUACGACAAAAUGCGCAAGUCUUAUGAUAAGUUGCAGAACAACGUUGCGGCGUUCGCCGAGCUUUUGGACGAGGAGCUGCCUGCCCUGCCGGAGGAAGACACCACCACUCGCAUCGUUGUCGCUGACAGCACACAGACUAACAAGCUCGGGGCAAGGACACAGGAGGUAGAGCCCAUUUGGAACGAUGAGGACACGCGCUCUUUCUACGAAGACCUUCCACAGCUCCGUGUGCUCCUGCCCGCCGUGCUCUUUGGCGACAGCAAGAAGGACGAGGCCGAGGAGAAAGAGGCUGCAGUGACAACCGACAAGGAGAAGGAGGGAGCGACCGAGACCACGCCCGGCGGUGAUGCGGGCGGAGCCAAGAAGGCCACGGCCGUGGAGGACAGCGCCACCGCCGCCAAGGAGAAGGAGGAGGAGAAGAUGUCCGUGGGCGGGGUCACCCUGGAGGAGCUGCUGCACCGUCUGCCCAACUGCGUCAACAGAGAUCUGAUCGACAAGGCCGCCAUCGAUUUCUGCUACAUCAACACCAAGGGCAAUCGCAAGAAGCUCAUCAAGACACUGUUCAACGCGCCCAGGACUCAGCUUGCCCUGCUUCCGUACUACGCCCGCCUUGUGGCGACGCUCAACCAGUGCAUGAAGGACAUCGGACCCGCCCUUGUGGCCAUGUUGGAGGAAGAAUUUAAUUAUUUCAUGAGGAAGAAGGACCAGAUGAUGAUCGAGACCAAGCUCAAGAACAUUCGAUUCCUCGGCGAAUUGGUCAAGUUCCGAGUGUGCCCCCUGCACCUGAUCUUCAACUGCUUGAAGGAGUGCCUCGACGACUUCCUCCACCACAACAUCGAGGUGGCUUGCGCGCUGCUGGACCAAUGUGGUCGCUUCCUAUACAGAAAUCCUGAAACGCACGUGCGCGCGAAGAACAUGUUGGACAUCAUGAUGCGACUAAAGGGCAGCAAAAACCUGGACAACCGCCUGGCGAACAACGUCGAGAAUGCCUACUACCAGUGCAUCCCGCCAGAACGUCCUGCGCGCAAGGAGAAGACGAUUCCGCCGAUGGUGCAGUACACGCACAAGCUGGUCUACAACGAUCUCAACCGUCACACGGUCAAGAACAUCCUCAAGCAGCUCCGAAAACUGCCGUGGGACACCGAGGAGGCCCAGAUUCUCGACACGUUCGUGAAGAUCCACAAGGGCAAGUACGGCAACAUCCACGUGGUGGCUUCGCUUGCCGCCGCCCUGUCGCAGUACCACGACGUCAUGGGAACCAAGCUCAACCCCGAUUUCAAGUAUCAACAGAGGCGCGUCGCCGAGGUGAAAUAUCUGGGCGAGCUCUACAAUUACCGCCUCAUCGAAUCUGGCACCAUCUUCUACGCACUCUAUCUUCUACUCAACCACGCCGCCGGCGAUCUCACCUUGGACCCGCCGGACGACUGUUUCCGCAUUCGGCUGAUCUGCGUGCUGCUGGACACGUGUGGGAAGUACUUUGACCGCGGCACCUCCAAGAAGCGGCUCGACCGCUUCCUCGUCUACUUCCAGCGGUACUACCUGUCCAAGCAGUACGUCCCGAUCGACAUCGAGUUCAUGGUGUCCGACGCCAUGGAGUCGCUGCGCCCCAAACUGCAGCGCUACCAGACCUUCGAGGAGGCCGUCACCGAGACGGAGAAGCUGGAGAAGGAAGAGGAGGCCGCUCAUCCUCCCAACCACUACCCCAAGGGUCCGAUCUACAUCGACAAGGAGAUCCUGCACGAAGAGGAAGAGGAGGAGCGCCGUGAGGUUGACAACGAGGAGGAGAAGGAAGCCGAUGACGACACCAACACGCAGCCUGCCAACAGCGACGUCAUCAAGGAUGAUGAAGAUGACGAGGACGGUGACGACAGUGACGACGAAGAUGAUGAAGAGGAAGAGGAGGAAGACGACGAAGAGGCGCAGGAGGAGAAGGCCGCUAAUGGCCCCAACCGCGUCGAAGACCGCCGUGACCCUGACGAUGAGGAGUUUGAGAGGGCGCUGCAGAAGAUGAUGCGAGAAUCCUACGAGCAGAGGAGGCAGGACGCCAAACCGGUCAACGUCCACACAGAGCUCCUCAAACCGCUCGACCUUCUCGGCACCAAGAAGGACAACGUGGUGAAGGAAAUCGGCCAGGGCGAGAAGGCCAUGGAGUUCCGCGUCAUGCUCAAGCGCGGCAAAGAACGACAGACCAAGAACGUGGCGAUCCCGAUGGACUGCUCGUUGGCCGUGCUGCGGGCGCAGCAGAAGGCCGAGGAGAACCGCGAGCACGAGGAACUCAAGCGUCGCACCCUGGCCGCCUAUGACGAACGCGCCGAAGAGGAGAAAGAGAUCGACGAGAUGAUCGGGUCCACGGGGUUGGCAUUCAGCGCUGCGGCGGGACGCGGGCGAGGCAACCAGAAGGCGAGGCGACAGCAGACCCAGAGCACCACCCAACGCCUCCUGGCCAACGCUGCCAAGUCGACCGCCCCCACCUCCUUCCCCGCCGGCGGCUCUGCUGCCGUACGAGUCGCCACUGAGGGGCGCAAGCGCGCACGAGCCGAGACUGGAGAGUGCAGAGUGAACGCCGAGAGAGGGCACACGGCCGACUAA